AAAAAAAGAGGAGAAUGUCAUCUCACGAAAAGCGUCAAGAGAGUGUAAAUGAAAAACAGACGGAGAUUCCGAGCGUAUUUUAAAAACAAAACUAGUGCGCCAAAACAAAGAUUAUUAUUUAAAAGAUAGUGCCUCGACUUCGACGAAAAAGGUGGAUAUAUAAAAGCUAAAAUGUCUGAUACAGACACUAUAACACGCUGUAAUUGUUGUAAUGAAGUCAUGGACGAGCUGCUAACAAUGCGACAAUGCUUUGAGAAGUUAUUUCAUCGAUUAAGAAAAGAAAUUGUAGGCCUUAGACGUGAGGUUAUCGAAGCUUUGGAAAGCAAAUGGGAGCCAAAAGUAAUUCCAUCUUCUUCGGAAUCAUCAAAAGUGGUAAAACAUUCCUCUGAUCGACAAGCUACAGAUGGUCACGAGACGAUACAUGAGAUUGAGUUAAACAAUAGUGGCACAGAUAAUGAAAGCGUAAAAUCAAAGAAAGUUAAAAAAUCAGGUACUUCCAAGCCAGAAACUAAUCAAUGCCAAAAGGAAAGUGUAGGGCCGAAUGUGUCAUAUAGUGUGGCCAACCCACGACCAGUUUUAGAUUUUUUCAGCAUACAAGCGCGAGUUCUGCCCACACAACCAUUUAGAGAAGCGCAGCAAUUUGAAGAUUGGAAUAUACUUCUGCGAAACGAUGAGGAUCAGCGUGACCAAUUGCGCGUGGAGCUAAUGCAAGGAAGCUGCAAAGAACCAGAAAAGUAUAUCCUUCAAACUUGGCGUAAUAUUUUUCACAAUGAUGCUGCUCACCAUUAUUCAUACAGGGGAACUGGACGGGACAAACGUGCAAUAAAGGAUUAUAUAUUUACGGACAUUUUUAAAGAGAUCUUCCUACAACGCUUUUAUCACAUGGAUACAGAAUUUUUCAUAGACCGAACAAUGCGCUACUUUAAAUAUGUACGCGACCAAAGGCGAAAAGCGGCAAUAAGGCAAAGAAAACUUCAAGAAAAGGAUGCAGAAAUAGUGAGCGAAGCUCUACAAGACUCGAUGGAUGACCAAUAAAAAAAUUGUAUGCUUAUACAUAUUAUGAAAAGCUUGCCAUAGUUAAAAAAAAACCAAUUUGAUUUUAAACAUUAAUAUACAUACCUGAUUUUAAUUGAUAUUAUAUAGUUUUUACAAUCUGUUUUUGUAUGUCAAAUAAUGCAUAUAUAUAAUAAAUCUUGCAGUCUAGUAUU